AUGUCUCUUUGCAGUUGUAACGGCCUGUUUCAGCAAUUGUUCACGAAGCCGCAAGCGACAUUUGCGGCAGAGCUUGUCCCCAUCGCGCGGCGUCUCGUGUGCUGGCGUGUCGCAGCAGCAGCACUCGAGCUACCUGACCUGACCUACUGCGAUGGCUUGUCCGGCCGUGCCCAUGCCGCAGCCACUCUGUUCAACUGGCCGCCAUCGAAACUCUUGAUGCCCCCGGACUGGCAUUGCCGUAUUUCCUGCCGCACUUAUCAUCUGCGUCCUGCUGCGCGCAGUCGCUAUUGUUCCCUCGCAUCACCACCACCACCACUGCGCCCGCGCCCACGCUCAGCUGAUCUUCGUCCUGGCCCCCUCGAACGCCGACACCCUCAUUCGUUGUACGCCCUCACUAGCCGGAGUCGUCGGCGGGCAUCCGCGCUCGAGUUGGGGAUCAGCCUGGCAUUUGCUGUCUUCAGCUCGCGCACGCCGGGUCUGGGCUGCGCAGGUCGUCGUCGACGUGGGCAGGACGCGUUCAGACGACUUGACUGGCCGCAGCGUCGCCUUGCAAUAUUCGGUCGAAUUUCCGCAUCAGCGAGCGCAGCUGGCCCGUCGUCUCGCAAAGCCCCAAUCAGCGACCCAAUCACCGCGCAAACGCCCGUUGAUCGACGGUUUGGCAGGGUCUCCGUGUGGGAGCUUAGCCGGCGCUGCGACUAUGUAACUACCGUAUGUGCCUCUCUGACUACCGCUGCUGCUGCUGCUGCUGCUGCUCCCUGCCACCGCCCAUGCUCUACGUACCCCUCGCACUGCAACUCUCGACUUCCUGCUUGGGAACUGAGCACAUGCCCUGCCGCCACACCACCUCCUCCCCCUCGACUUCUCCCCCUUCGUUCCAUCGUUCCCUGUCCAAUGUCGCUCACCAUCUCUCAGCCCAUACGGACUGAGUUCGGCCACAGAUUCACCCAUGAGUUCAACCCGAGGAUCUCGAUUGCCAAGUCGCGCUUCUCCCCCAAGCCACGGGUCGACUCUCCCUCCCCGGUGAGCUCGCUGCGGGUCAGCGCCACCCCGUCCGACGACCACAAGAUGUCGACUCCCCAUCCUCACCGGGGCCUCCCUCCCCCGUCCGCCAUGGCCCUGCCUGACCCCAUCAGGAGAGACGGCCCUCCUCCAUCCCUCACGCAACCUUGGACGGGUGCCAUUCCUGCACCGCCGCCCCAGUGGCAGGGACAGGAAGACUCGAUGCGCAACUGGCUUGCAGCAAGGGCUGAGGAGGACAAGCGCAAGCAGGAAGAAGAGCGCACGCGGCAAGAGACGCUCAAGCUCGAACAGCGCAAGAUCGAGCAGUCCAUGUUGCGCGAGUCGUUACAAGGCGGCGUGCCGCCUCCUAUGAUUCCAUUCAUCUAUGCGGGCAUGGGUGGCAGUCUGGCGAACGUUAGCGUGGAGUGGUUACAACAGUAUGCCGGCCAGCUGCAGGCAGCACAACAGCAGAUUCAGCAAACCUCGCCAGACAUUCGAAGGGACCAAGGCCGGUUGAUUGGUCCUCCUCCAGCAUAUCCCGUGGCUCAACCAACGCAGCAGCAAGUCCUGCCAAGUCAGCAUACCGAACAUCCCCCACCCCCACCAGGUCCCAUCCAGACGACGUUUUCGGCAUAUCAACCCGUUGCGGCAAGACAGCAGCAGACUUCGGCUCCCCGAUCGGCCACGCACACGCAGCUGCCAAGGCUUACGACAAACGAAAUGUACGUUCACCAACCUCCACCAGCGGGCGCAGGAAGCGCGCAUCCUCUCCAGCAGAGUCAGACCAUCCAACAAGACCAGCCAUCGUCGUCACCGUCGAUAUACUUUCAUCACUGGGUACCGCCGAGCGAAUCCAAAGGUGGCAAUCCACCCCAAACUCCGGCGAGCAAAGGCGACCCGCAUUCGGCGCAUCCGAGCUCGUCGAUCCACGAAAGCGAGUUCAAAGAUUCGCCGCGCAAGCGCAAAGCCCAAGGCGGACACCAACCCAACCCACCACCCUCGGCUGGACCGCAAUAUACUUCACCUUCAUUCUCCACAACAAGCUCCGCAUCGGGUCGGAAAGGUGGUCAUACGCGGUCCCGCAGCAACGCGUCAGCCGGACGCGAUCCGGAUAGCAGACCAGACAGUCGACGCGAGGACCUAGGGCCGCCGCAACCUCCUCCUCCACGGUCGUCUCAUCCUGAUUCCGGCAACACCAACACAAGUGACGAGUCAGCGCGACCUCCCUCGCGAGCGCAGCAGCAGGAGGAGUCGUCCGGACCUGACAUCCACCGGGAACGGGAAGGCCGGACGGAGGCUUCGCGGCCAGGAUCCAGCUGA